AUGGUGGGGGGCCCCCCUCUCCCCAUUGAAGGGGCCCCCCUAUCCGCUCCCCUUGGGAGCGAGCAAACAACGGAAAAGCAAGCCUCUUCUUGGGGCCUCAAUACUCACCCAAUGGCUGCUGCUGCAUCAACUGCAUCAAGUGAAUUAACCGCAGCAACAGCAGCAACAGAAGCAACUGCAGCAGCUGCAGCACCUGCAGCAACUACAGCAGGUGUCAGCACUGACGACGCACACAGCUGCUCUCAGGGGGCAUCAGGGCCAAACCCAGAAGAGCACAAAGAGGGAACUAGAGGGGGCCCCCCUCAUAUCUCCUUAGAGACAAGAACCCAAGGACCCCAGGCAACUCGAAAAGAAGGGCCCCAAGAGGGGUCCCAAGAGGGGCCCCCCGAGGGGCCCCCUACGGCGAGUACGGAGGGCCCGCCUGAUGGGCCGUCGCAAGGGCCCCUUGAUGGGUCCCCAAAUGGGCCUCCAAACGCACUAUCAGGGGGCAGUGAAGUAAUAGAAGAGGGGCCCCAAGAGGGGCCCCCUCACGAGGUCCAUAACGGGACCUCACAAAACAGUAGCUGCUCUAACUGCUGCCCUAGGGGCCCCCGCGAAGGGCAUCUUGAUGGCCCCCCCGGGGAACCCGUGGCAAGCACAGACUCUCAGGAGUCCCCUGGUCGAGGGACCCCUGGUGCUGCUGGGGGCCCCGUCGUUGCCGCUGGGGGCCCCCUCUGCACAGAGUUUACCUUAAAUGCAGCCCUGUUAGCGGGGGUUCUUGCCUUCUUAGAACUGCCAGACUUCUUGAGGUGCCUUCUUGUAUCCAGCAAGAACCUUAAAACCCUCGAGCUAGAUGGGUUCCUACUAACACCAAAGGGCCUCGAGGCCCUCAAGGGGGCCCCCUUGGAGGGCCUCGCCUUGGCAGGUAUCGAGACAAAGGAUGACGCCUUUUUAGAAGCUCUAAAGGAAGGCUGCAAGGGUUUACGGUCUUUCGGGUUUAUUUGUUAUGGCGGCGAGAAGUUCUCCAUGGGGGCCCUGGAGGGUUUAGGGAAAUCGUUAGAUAAAUUGCAUACAGCGCAAAUCGAAGCAAAGAAGCCGCAAGUUGCAGAUGUCCUUGUUGACGCCGUUGUUGCUGCUGCAGCACCAACUCUGACCAGCUUGACUGUGGGCGGCGUCACUGAGGGCUGCGCCCUUCGUAUUGCCCAACGAGUGGGGUCUAAGCUGCAUACAUUUGGCUAUACUCGGCUUAGUGUAGCAGGGGCCCCCGUCAACGACUCCCUCUUGGCGAUGUGUGCCCAUAGGAUGGGGGCCCUCACUACCCUACGAUUGGUUGAUUCCCUUACCCCUAAGGAUCUACAGGGGUCCCCCGGGGGGCCUCACCAGUAUCUCCAACCACUAGUCACAGCGGAGGGCCUCGCACGACUAAGACCCCUGCUCGGUAAACUGAAGGCUUUAAGUUUAAGUCGUAGCUGCGGCCUCCCCUUCGCCGUACUAUCGGACAUCGAUUGUAUGGUGUUUGCGAGGUCCCUCUCUGCUAAUCUGCAGGAGCUCGAGCUCAACGGGCUGCAUGGUGUGUCGGAUGCUUUUCUUCACGAGGCAUUGGAUGCCUGUGGGUCAGGGGCCUCUGCGGAGGCUGCGGGGGGCCCCCAAGGGUACUGGGAGGGCCCCCAACGUAAGAGGAGGAGAGGCAUAAAACAGCAGCCUAUAGAGCGCCUGCACAGUUGGUGCUUGCAUAAGGUGUCUGUAGAGGCGUCGGAUAUAUCUGAUGUGGGGCUACAAACCCUCGCAACAGCCCUGGGACCCAACUUGUUAAGCUUGUGCCUCAAAGGAUGCCACUCUAUCAGCGAGGCCGGGCUCUCUGCUGUGGCCGCUUGCUGCCCGAACUUAGAAACCCUAAACUUAGGGGCUUGCUCGGGUGUUAACGACAUGAGUGUUGUUGAACUCCUCAAGGGUUGCAGCAAAUUAAGGACAGUGGUAUUAAAUGAUGCCAGGAUAAGUGACGCUACUCUAGAGGCAAUAAGCAAGAGUCUAGGCCCCUCCUUAUUAGAGUUAGCCCUCCAUAGAAAUGAUCGUCUUACUGACGAGGGUUUGAAGUAUUUAGCUGCCGCUUGUCCGUCAUUAAGGAGACUGUCUCUAUCUAAAUGUGCACAAUUAGCUGAUGAAGGAAUUACGCAGGUGGCGACGGGUUGCCGACGGCUGCGCAGUCUACGGCUUGACGGCACGCGGACGGAUUUAGGACUUAAGGUCUAG